CUUCUCAUGAUCAAAACUCUCAGUCGAAGAGAAGAGUCCUCAAUCACACGCCAUGCCUAAGAACAAGGGAAAGGGCGGUAAGAAUCGGAAGAGAGGGAAGAACGAGGCCGACGACGAUAAGCGCGAGCUCGUCUUCAAGGAAGACGGACAGGACUACGCGCAGGUCCUCCGCAUGCUCGGAAAUGGCCGUUGCGAGGCCAUGUGCAUCGACGGAACCAAGCGCCUCUGUCACAUCCGCGGCAAGAUGCACAAGAAGGUUUGGAUUGCCGCCGGCGAUAUAGUUCUCGUCGGUCUCCGCGAUUUCCAAAACGACAAGGCUGAUGUCAUCUUCAAAUACAUGCCUGACGAGGCCCGCCUUCUCAAAGCCUAUGGCGAGCUCCCAGAAACCACUCGCCUCAACGAGGGCAUCGCUGGUGGCGUAGACGAUGAGGACGAAGGAGCCGGAGACGACUACAUCGACUUCGAGGACGAGAAUAUUGACAAGAUCUAG